AUGUCACCCAGACGCCCAAUACGUAUUGGAAACGUGGCCGGGGCCAUGGAAGACUGCCCUCACGCAAUGUAUGUAUCUUCUCGCUACAUAAAUCUUCUGCGGACGCAAGUCUACUGCCCUUUACUCUUGGUUGGCUUUUUGCAUCGGAUGAUCUCUAGCGGCCCGCUGGAUGCGAUUGUUGGAGACUGGCUGUCCGAGCUGAACAUUGCUUGGAAUGCCAUUCGAAAAUACGACGACCCAACAAAGGGAUACGAAGUGGGCUUCCUGGAGCAACUAGACGACUGUAUCAAUAUUAUUGCGGAGAAAAGGAUCAAGCUCGUCAGCAAUGCCGGCGCUCUCAACACCCCCCAAUGUGCCCGGCUUGCCAAGGAGAUAUGCGACAGGCACGGGCAAAGCCAGAUCAAAAUCGCUUACAUCGAGGGCGAUGACAUCUCAGAGGCCGUGGCCAACAAGAGUAAACGGGACGAGAUGGGAACUAUUCGCCACCUCGACCACCCGGAACAGACACUAGAAACCUGGGGCAAAGAGCCAUUGUGCGGUCGAGUUACGGAUGCUAGUCCAGUCAUAGCAUUGGCAGCGUGGUGGCAUGAGUGGUCCCAUGAUGCUUGGGACCAGCUUGCUGGAGCACUGGUUGCAGGGCACCUCAUCGAGUGCGGGCCUUACGUCACUGGUGCCAACUUUACGGGAGUAAGACCUCAUCUAGAAGGCAUGGUCGAUUUGGGGUUCCCUAUUGCUGAGAUUGCACAUGAUGGGAGCACCAUGAUUACGAAGCAUCCAGGCCAUGCGGGAAUCGGGGAUGAAUUCAAUGUGCGUGCCCAGUUCCUCUACGAGAUCCAGGGUACGCAGUACAUCAACCCAGAUGUGAGGAUCGAGAACACCGGAGACAAAGAUCGUGUUUUUGUUUCGGGUGCAAUAGAGAGUCCGCCGCCGCCAACCACCAAGGCAAUCGUAGUUUCCAUUGGCGGAUACCAAGCUGAGGCAACAUUCUACAUGAAUGGUCUCGAUAUUGAUGCCAAAGAGAGGUUCAUGAGGCAGCAGAUAGAGCACGCCUUUGCAGAUUCUAACUUCACCGAGCUCAGCAUAACCCGGUAUGGAUCCAACGCCGUGAACCGAAGCAAUCAAGCCCUGGGAACCACGUCCGUCCGACUGUUGGUCAAGGCAAAGACCAAACAUGACAUCCGGGAAGACUAUUUUCGUAAAAAGGUCUAUGCACUCCGGAUGCAAUUUUAUGCUGGAUAUCACAUGUCCUUAGAUUUUAGGACCAUGUCCCCAAAGAUGUUCAUGGAGCUAUUCCCAGGCCUGAUAUCCUACGCGCGGCCGCCGCACCGCGUCAUUAUUGAAGAUAAAUCCAUCCAGAUCAAGCAUCAUGGCAUCACGACAGCUCCUUUAGGCAAACGACCAAGUUAUGAGACCUCAGAACCAGUGAAUCUUGCUGACUUUGGCUUCACAAGUCGCGUCUCUUUGGGUGCCAUUGCGCAUGCGAGAUCAAGCGAUAAGGGGGAUAACUGCAAUGUUGGUUUCUUCGCCCGCUCGGCUGAUGAAUAUAGGUGGUUGAAAUCAUAUUUAACAGUGGCCAAGAUUGUCCAGCUUCUAGGCGAAGACUACCGGGAAUCCGUCACGGUUGAACGCUGUGAGUUUCCCCAGAUCUGGGCAGUUCACUUUCGGUUUCUCGAUUUCUUGGGUGGCGGUGCUGCAAGUAGCACUCGCAUUGAUAUGCGGGGCAAGCUAGUUGCUGAAUACUUGCGGAGUAAAUUCGUUGAUGUGCCGUCCAAGUUCCUCGCAAAUCCCAUCUCGUUAGGGUAA